AUGUCAGCUAGUAAUUUACCUCAAAGAGAUGAUGAUAAGCUAAUAGUUGUUCCUUUAGAAUUUAAAUGCCUUGAAGAUUGUGUAUGUAAAUCUUAGGAAAAAAGAACUUGGUAUCAUAAAAAAUGUGGAAAACCAUCUUUCAUAAAUGAAAAAGGCGAUAUUUUUUGUGAAAAUCUCUAAAAUGGCUGUUCAUCAUAUUUUAUUAAAGAUGCCUCUUUUUAAUGCGAUGAGGCAAAGAAAAAUAACACUUGGUAUUAAUUUAAGAACGCGUCGGAGAUAUGUAUGGCACUAGGCAAGGCCUUAUAAGCAGCAGAAAAUAAACUUGAAUCGGUCAAAUUAUUAAAAUUUACUCAUUAGAUUUUGAUAUAAUUAGGUUAGAGAUGGUAUACUUGA